AGGACUCUUAGGAGCUAAAGGGAUGAAUGCCCGGCUGAUCCUGAGCAAGCUACCGAACCACCUGAUCUUUCGCAUCCUGCACUACUCCCAGAUUUCCCAGCAACUGCGGGACGAACUGGUGGUCUCUGCAGGAUCCCCAAGGUCAAAGAGGAGCGGCAGCAAGGCGCUGGAGUGGCAGCCCUUCGUCCUGUGGUUGGCCAAUCUGCUGCUAAACUACGCGGGCGAUAUCCUGGGAAACCUACUCCUGGGCAGCCUGCCCCUGGAACCACUCUGCAAUACCGCAGAUAUCCUGCUCGGUUCGUUAAUCUGGUACUGCAUCUUCUACUGUCCCUUCGACCUGGGACACGCCGUGGCCGGCACAAUGGCCUUUCGCAUCCUGGCCGCCGCCACAUCGACCAUUAGCCAGGUCCAGCUGAUCGAUCGAGGAGUUUAUCUGGCUGGUCAGCUGUACGGAAAUGCCCCAGUUCCCAUGCUACUAGUGGGCACUGUCAUGGGCAGUGGUGCUGAGGUUUUAAAGCCAGUGGCUAGCCUUCUAAUCAAUCGCUGUCAGCACAAUCAGCUGGCCUACCUCAAGUUGAGCAACAACUCGAAACUGGCGCUGGUCAUCUCCCUCCUCUUCAUUCUGGAGAUCUAUCAAAGUCCCCUGGUUCUGGGCCUCAAUCGCCAUCAACUGAUGGUCUACACGCUGGUCAUGACCACUGCCCUUAAGUUCCUGUCACUGACCUAUCGAACGGAGCAUUUCGUUUGGCUUUUGGAGCACCAGAUAAGAUACACCUUUUUUGGUGGCCUCUCGAGGGAUUUGAGCCAGUUCCUCCAACGCCUGCCGGAGAGCAAAAAGCGCCGAAUGUGGGCGUUCUCGGAAUUCGAUUGA